GGACGGCGCACCCCACCCGCCGCGAGGCCAGCAGCCCCGGGGGAAGGCGGCCGGAAAAUCUCCUCUUGUUUACUGGGCUGGAGAAGUCCCAGCCUGGAUUCGCUUCCCAAUUUCUGCGGUCCACCUUCAGCAGAUUCCUGGGGCCGGAGGGGAAAGGGUGGCAACCCACAGAUCCACCCCGGGACAGGGAGUGGGGGUGGGGCUGGUGGGAACCUGACCUCUUGGAAAGAUCCCCCGGCUGCUGCAGGGGACGGACUCGGAGUCAGAGCCGACGUGUCCCGGAGCGCAGAGACCGAGGGGGCCGCGCUAAACACUGUACCUCGGGGAACAAAACCGUGAAGACUAAUUAGGACAAGUCGGAGCAGGGAACCGGGACGCUGGGAGGGGAGCGCGCGCUCCGAAUUGGGCAGAACCUGGAACGGUCGCAGGAAAUCCGGGCGCGGGAUAGUCGGGCCCAGGGCGACCUUUGCCCACGGUGCGGAGUGGCUCUGGACUCGGCCCACGCGUGAGAGGAGCACUUGGUAACCAUCCCACGUACGCUUUGUGACCGGUGGGGGGGUCCCAGAGAAGGACCGCGUGUGCAAAAGGCGAACCUCGGUGUGUCCACGUGUGCAAGCUGGGGAGGGGAGGGGACGCAGAAGGCGUGACAAAAAGACGGACUCUGUGUCUUAAGUGUGCGCCUCGCUCCGGCCCGCUCCCAGCGAACUGUGCCCUAAGUGUGUCUCACGGGAGGGCCAGGACGAAGGUGACAAAAGCUAGGUGUCCCCCACGGAGACGCGUCAAGGUAGCCCCACGCGUGUCCGUACGCGCGCUCUCUGGGAGACGCGGUCGGGUGUGCGCAGGGCUGCACCCCCACACCGCUUGCCCCGGAGAAGGCCGAGCCCAGAAAGUGAGUGCGCGUGAGUGUGCGCGCGCCCGCGUGCGGGGGCGUGGCAGUCAACAGCAACAAACCACACGCCGGCAGGGCCAGAAACUCCCAUCUCCCUCCCUAGCCGGAAAGUGCGAGUCGGCCCAGCCUGGAGGGACCCAACCAGAGCCUGGCCUGGGAGCCAGGAUGGCCAUCCACAAAGCCUUGGUGAUGUGCCUGGGACUGCCUCUCUUCCUGUUCCCAGGGGCCCGGGCCCAGAGCCAUGUCCCACCCGGCUGCAGCCAAGGCCUCAACCCCCUCUACUACAAUCUGUGUGACCGCUCUGGGGCGUGGGGCAUCGUCCUGGAGGCCGUGGCUGGGGCGGGCGUCGUCACCACGUUUGUGCUCACCAUCAUCCUGGUGGCCAGCCUCCCCUUUGUGCAGGACACCAAGAAACGCAGCCUGCUGGGGACCCAGGUGUUCUUCCUUCUGGGGACCCUGGGCCUCUUCUGCCUCGUGUUUGCCUGCGUGGUGAAGCCCGACUUCUCCACCUGUGCCUCUCGGCGCUUCCUCUUUGGGGUUCUGUUCGCCAUCUGCUUCUCCUGUCUGGCGGCUCACGUCUUCGCCCUCAACUUCCUGGCCCGGAAGAACCAUGGGCCCCGGGGCUGGGUGAUCUUCACUGUGGCUCUGCUGCUGACCCUGGUGGAGGUCAUCAUCAAUACAGAGUGGCUGAUAAUCACACUGGUUCGGGGCAGUGGCGACGGCGGCCCUCAGGGCAACAGCAGUGCCCGCUGGGCCGUGGCCUCCCCCUGCGCCAUCGCCAACAUGGACUUUGUCAUGGCGCUCAUCUACGUUAUGUUGCUGCUGCUGGGUGCCUUCCUGGGGGCCUGGCCUGCCCUGUGUGGCCACUUCAAGCGCUGGCGUAAGCACGGGGUCUUCGUGCUGCUCACCACGGCCACCUCCAUUGCCAUAUGGGUGGUGUGGAUCGUCAUGUAUACCUACGGCAACGAGCAGCGCAACAGCCCCACCUGGGAUGACCCCACGCUGGCCAUCGCCCUUGCCGCCAAUGCCUGGGCCUUUGUCCUCUUCUACGUCAUCCCCGAGGUCUCUCAGGUGACCAAGGCCAGCCCAGAGCAAAGCUACCAGGGGGACAUGUACCCCACCCGGGGCGUGGGCUAUGAGACCAUCCUGAAAGAGCAGAAGGGUCAGAGCAUGUUCGUGGAGAACAAGGCCUUUUCCAUGGAUGAGCCGGCUGCAGCUAAGAGGCCGGUGUCACCAUACAGCGGGUACAACGGGCAGCUGCUGACCAGUGUGUACCAGCCCACCGAGAUGGCCCUGAUGCACAAAGUCCCAUCCGAAGGAGCUUACGACGUCAUCCUCCCACGGGCCACCGCCAACAGCCAGGUGAUGGGCAGUGCCAACUCGACCCUGCGGGCUGAAGACAUGUACUCGGCCCAGAGCCACCAGGCGGCCACACCGCUGAAAGACGGCAAGAACUCUCAGGUCUUUAGAAACCCCUAUGUGUGGGACUGAGUCAGCAGUGGCCAGGAGAGGCGGGCGGAUUUGGGGAGGGCCCUGAGGACCUGGCCCCAGGCAAGGGACUCUCCAGGCUCUUCCUCCCACUGGCAGGCUCAGCAACAUGUGCCCCAGAGCUAGAAGGGCCUCCCUCUCUGCCAGUGUUCCGGUGGGUGUCCUGGAUGUCCUCGCCCACUCCUCAGUGUUUGUGGAGUCGAGGAGCCAACCCUGGCCUCCUGCCAGGGUCACCUCCGCGGUCACACUCCAGCCAAAUAGUGUUCUCGGGGUGGUGGCCGGGCAGCGCCUAUGUUUCUCUGGAGAUUCCUGCAACCUCAAGAGACUUCUCAGGCGCUCAGGCCUGGAUCUUGCUCCUCUGUGAGGAACAAGGGUGCCUAAUAAAAACAUUUCUGCUUUAUUAA